UUUAAAUAUAAAACCGAUCCUUAACAAGAAGUGAAGAGGUAUCGAUUUUGUUCGCUAACUACCAAAAGCUGUAGCUACCUCUCUCCUUCCGUCCUUCUUCUUCUCUCAACGUUUCGUUGUUGAAACAUGGCUCGCAAGAAGAUCAGAGAGUACGACUCAAAGAGACUGGUGAAAGAACACUUCAAGAGGCUCUCUGGUCAAGAUUUGCCUAUCAGAUCCGUUCAGAUUAACCAAGAGACUGAUCUGAAUGGGUUGGUAGAGAGGGAACCUUGGCUCUCAUCCGAGAAGCUUGUGGUCAAACCUGAUAUGUUGUUUGGGAAGCGUGGCAAAAGUGGUUUGGUUGCCUUGAAUUUGGAUUUCGCUGACGUUGCAACUUUUGUGAAUGAACGUUUGGGCAAAGAGGUAGAGAUGAGUGGAUGCAAAGGACCCAUUACAACAUUCAUUGUUGAACCAUUUGUUCCACACAAUGAAGAGUUCUAUCUUAAUAUUGUCUCUGAUAGACUUGGCUGCAGCAUCAGCUUCUCAGAGUGCGGAGGAAUUGAUAUCGAGGAGAACUGGGACAAGGUCAAGACCAUAUCUAUACCCACGGGUGCUUCCCUGACAUCUGAGAUUUGUGCACCUCUUGUUGCAACCCUUCCUCUAGAGAUCAAAGGGGAACUUGAAGAUUUUAUUCAAGUUAUUUUUACCCUAUUCGAAGAUCUUGAUUUCACAUUCUUGGAGAUGAAUCCUUUCACAUUGGUUGAAGGAAAGCCUUAUCCUCUGGAUAUGAGGGGUGAGCUUGAUGACACCGCUGCUUUCAAAAACUUUAAGAAGUGGGGCGACAUUGAAUUCCCUAUGCCAUUUGGAAGAGUGAUGAGUUCAACAGAGAGCUUCAUCCACGGUCUAGAUGAGAAGACAAGUGCAUCUUUGAAGUUCACUGUUCUGAAUCCCGAGGGAAGGAUUUGGACUAUGGUAGCUGGAGGAGGUGCAAGUGUCAUCUAUGCCGAUACCGUUGGAGAUCUCGGGUAUGCAUCUGAGCUUGGAAAUUAUGCUGAAUACAGUGGAGCACCCAAAGAAGACGAGGUUUUGCAGUAUGCGAGAGUCGUCAUCGAUUGUGCUACAGCGAAUCCAGAUGGAAAAAGCAGAGCUCUGGUAAUUGGAGGUGGAAUUGCUAACUUCACCGACGUUGCUGCUACUUUCAAUGGCAUAAUCCGAGCUCUCAAGGAAAAGGAAGCAAAGCUGAAAGCAGCAAGGAUGCAUAUAUUUGUGAGGAGAGGAGGACCAAACUACCAAAAGGGACUUGCUAAAAUGAGAUCACUUGGAGAUGAAAUUGGUGUCCCCAUCGAGGUGUAUGGUCCUGAAGCAACAAUGACAGGUAUCUGCAAGGAGGCAAUCCAGUACAUCACCGCGGCUGCAUAAGCCUUGUUCACUCUUUAUCAGUUACUUUUAUAAUACUCUUAGCGUAUAUUAUUGAGUUUGAGACUUGUGUUUCGGAUUAUGAUGUUUCACCUCUCUCUAAUUAUAUGUUUCUUACUAUAUUCAUUAAUAAUAAACAAGCAUUUUCUUA